CACACCGGUUUCGCCUUGUACGUAAUAACAGAUCAGUUUGCGGCGAGUGUCGGCGCAUGCGCACUGCGCUCAGUCUUAUCGCAAUAUAUUUACGAUUUGUGAUAAGUAUCAAUUAAAAUGGAAUUUUUUAUCACAGAUAAUGGGAAAUACAGAAUAGAAUCACUGUCACCUACCACCUUCCCCGGAGCGUUGAGAGUAAUAAGAGAUGCGUUUUGUCAAGAUGAAAAUGUGUCGAUAGGAACUGAGGUGAACAAGAACAUACAAGCGGCGGAGGAACUGCUGGAACUUUGUGCUGAUGCUGCACUGGAUGGAGUCUCCUUGGUUGCUAUUGAAAUAAGCACCGGCGAAGUGGUUUCUGCGUGUUUUAAUAAAAUACAGAUCCAAACGACGGAUGCGUCAGAAAAGCCAUUCUUCGAAAUAUUCGCCGAGGAGCGAUGUACACAAGCGUCGUCCCGCUCGCUUAUACAAUUUAUGGCCAACGUCGAUGCGAGGUGCAAUUUUUUCGAAAAGUUUGGCGUAGACUGCAGUUUCGAACUGAUGUUCUUAGCCACACUCAGAGAGCACAGGAAACAAAAACUAGGAACACUUCUAUGCAAAUAUUCAAUAGACGUUGGAAGGAAAAUAAAACAAGGUCCGUUUGCGACGAUCGAAGUUAAAGAUCUAGGACCAAAAUAUUCCCAUUUACAACCGCGUAAACCGAUUGAAACGUAUCCAAAGAUUUGCCAAGCUAUUUGGACGUCGGAAGGUACUCGGAGAAUUGGAAAAGUAUUAAAUUUCACCGUGCACUUGACAGUACCUUUUUCGGAAUUUGUGUUUGAUGGGAAAACUUAUGCGGAUCGUAUUGGGGACGAAUCCGAAUACUGCGAAGUGGCUGCUUUAACUCUGUGAUAUCUAUAAAAAGUACUGCAUAUAAAUAAUACUGAAGAUUUAUUAAUCAAUUACUUAUUAAUAAGAUAUUUAAUAUUAUUGUUAAAAUAAUAUAUCAAUACAAAAGUUUUGAUUCUUAAAAUA